AUUAAACUAUUAAACUGAAAAAUUAUUUAUCUCAAAAAUUAGGUUCAUUUAUAGUGGCAUAAUAAAAAAUACUCUAAAUAUGAUUUCAAGGAAAAAAGCAACAGUUAGAGACAAAAUGUUUAACGAAGACUUAGACAAACAGCAAAAAGCUUGUAAAAAUUAUGAAGAGGAAGAAGUAGAAGAAAAAUUAUAAAAGCUAAUGGAGGUUUUGGAUAAAUUUUAAUCUAGCUAAAGCUUAAAAUAUGAAUGUUUCAAAAGCGAUCUAACUCAAAUAUGUGACUUCGAUCACAACUUUACCUUCAUUACAGUCUUACGUAGCAAAAUGAACAACACUAUUUUUUAAAUGCUAACAUAGAUCGUCUACAAAUCUAUGAAUAUAUUUUCUAUGAUAUACUACGCAGAAUCGUAGUUGACAGUAUUAAAACCUAAGAAUAAUGCAGAUCUAAGGCAUGAAGAAGAGGCGAUGAAUAUACUUUUGAAAACUCUAAAGAUAAUCUUUUUGAUUCAACCCAAAAUUAUACAUGGAAUAAACAAUCUCAACUUGCUUUUCAGCCAAGUCUUCUGGCUUUUCAAGCAAGAGAAAUGUUCAGUAAGGAGAUAAAAAUUAUGCAUAGAUUUGAUGGAAUUUUUUAUAGAGGGAUCAAAUUUUUAUUUUAAUUUGAUCAACAUCAAAGACAUAAGAGAGUUUAUUCAGUAUGCAGAUUAUAAAUAGAUGGCUCACUUCACGAAGGUACUGGCCCUUUUAGUUCUAGAUGUUAAAAAGGUUAAAAAUCCUUUCAAAAAGCAACCUUCAUAAUAUGAAGAGAGUAUAAUCAUAAAUAAUCAUUAGCUUCUGCUCUCAAUCAACAACUUUGUCCUGAAAACAAUAGAUAUCUGCCUUUUUUUGACUAAGAUAACAUCAAAUAUAUCUGUCUGUCAAAGCAGGCUAGAGUUAUCUGAAGCGAUCUUUAAUUUAGAUUAAUCACAAGUCAUUCAGCUAUCUAACUUUGAUGUUACUCCUUUUUAAUAAAUUUGUGAUAGAUCAGACAAUGAAACUUAGUAGUGUUUUACCUCAAACUAUCUAUUAGAAUUAUGUUUGAAAUCAUGCAAUCUAACUGAAAUUCUUUUUCUUCUUUCUAAUAUCCUUCAAGGAAAGAGAAAAAAAGAAAUAUAAAAUGAAUUGAAUAAGAUGGGCUUUGUUGAGCAAAUUUUCAAUCCUCUCUUUAAUAUAUUUUUUAGACACUUAAAUAGCAAUAGUCCUCAAGGUUAAGGUGGAAGCGAUCUUUUGCAAACAUCAAGAAUUUAACUUCUCAGGUCAAUAAUUAAUUUUUGUGACAGCGAUGAGCAGAAUAAGCAAAUCAAAGAUAGAAUGAUUUCAUUUGAAGAGAGAGAAUAUGCAAAAUGGAAUCUUUUUCCAUAGUUAAUAAAAAAUUAUAAUAGCGAAUAAGAUAUUAAAGAAUAAACCUAAAACAUUUAAUGGGACAAUAUCCUUUAGCUUAACUACUCGCAAAAUUUAUUUAUUAAUAUAAAAAAUAAGGGAACAAUAAAUUUAUUAAUAUCUAUUUAUUCUGAGAUGGAAAAAAGUAAUAAUUUAACAUUGAAAUUUUGGAUUGCUUCUUGUGUUGAAACAUUUUUAAGAGGCUCCAAUCAGUAUCAUUAAAUAAUGAUCCUCUUUUUCGGCUUAUAACACUAAAUCACUGAUAAGUUAUUUGAAAAAUCUGAAUCAAAUCAGUAAAAUACAAAUUAAAAUACAAAGAAAAAGGAUCCUGAGGAAUAAAUAUUAAUGGAUUUGAUGGGAGAAUUUACAAAAUACAAUUUGAUCAAUAUAAGAUAUUUUUAUCAAUACUUGAGAAUUAAAAACAAGGAAAAUAAAUUCAUUCAAAUACUAGAAUCUAACAUUAUUGAUUCAAACGUUUUUUUAAGAUCUUUAUGGCUUACAUAAAAUAAAUUGGAAACUCAAUCUAUUUCUUAUCCUAUUGAAGAAUAUUAGACUUAUGAAAGGUUGAAUAAAUUCCUUGUUUAAUGGAUCAUUUUAAUCAUAAAAACCAUGUGCAAUCAAUAAUUAAAUCAAGAUAAUAUAUGUUGCAUGAAUACUUUGAUUUUAAUUUAUUUAUUUGCCUGGAAUCGAGGUGAUUAGCAUGAAUUAGAUAUAGUAAAUAAAAUAAAUGAGCUACUAAGUUAGUGCUCUGACAUGAAGUAAAAAAUAAGCGAUUGCUUUGAACAAUGGGAAAAUUAUUAUUAUUUUAGAGGAAAAGACUCGUUCGGAUUGUCAUAUUCAACAAAAAUACCAUUUUACUACUAUCAAAUAUCAAAGAGAAGAAUGUGUGAUUUACUUGAUUUACAUUAAAACUCACUCUCCUCAGUAGCUGAAGACUGCGAUUUUUAAAUACCAAACUCCAUGUUAGUUGAUUAAUAAAAAAGGAAAAGUUCGAAUUCAACAACAAAAAGUAACACAGUUUGACUAAAUAACUUUCUCUCUAAUUAAAUAAUGACCUAAGUGAAUAAAUGAACUUAUGAAAUCUUCUUCAAGAAAAAUGACAUCUAAAAUACUAACCAAAUUCUAAUACUUCCCAUAUCUACCUACCUACCUAUCUAUCUCUCUCAUUCUCUCUUUUUUUCAAAAUUUUAUAAUCUAACUAAAAUUUAUUUUAUAUUUCUAAUCAAAUUUCUGAUGGACUUCACUAAAUAAAUAAUAACUAAAUUAUUUAACUUAAAAAUAAAAAUUUUAUAUUUAUUAGUAUAUUAAUUAAUUAAUACCCUUAAUAUUUAUAUAGAUAUCAAAAAUUAUUAUUAAAAUAUUUUU